ACGUCGUCUUCGUUUUCUUUUUUGAUGGGUUUUAUAUGUGGAAAUUCUGCGUUUGAAGCAUGUUGCUACGCAACGGAACGUUAAAUGUUUGACAUUUGACAACGAAGAAUGCACUGUUGACAUUUGACAUCACUUUAUUUGAGUAAACUCGUGAAUACACAAUGAGCCACCUCACCUGCAUGAGCUUACCACGUAAACGCAACGUGCUGAAAUCUUCCUGCAACCUCGGCACGUGCAAAGCUCAGUCUUCAUCUCAUACAGCCAUUGUUAAUGCAGUACGCUAUAGCAGCAUUAAGACAUCUGCACACAACUCUUCGCCCCGCAAAGUAAAGUGUCUCAAAACCAGGAAGGAGAGGAAUCAGAUACGAGGUCAGGAGAGAAUCUGGUCUCACACAUGCCUUCAGCACAGUAGAAAAGUUGGCAGCGAGAAAGCACAGCAUAAUGGGUGCCAUUCAGUAGUUUCUUCCAGAAAAGACAAGUCAUUUGCUAAGCCAUUUCUUCCCCACAAGCCGAGCAUCAUAACAGAAGGACGCCUCACCUCCAUCCGAGGUCUCUUUAGCCACGAGGUGAGAUCUAUAGACAUUGAGAGGGUCGUAAGUGAGCAACUAAAGACAGAGAAGCAGAGAAAAGAUAAAAGAAAACGGUCUGUGAUGCAUGUUACACCACCAUUACCUCGUCAUCCGCCAUUAAUGCCUGAAUCAGACCAGGACUGCAUCCUCGAUGCAGAAGUACAGGAACCACUCCAGGAACCAGAAAAAACUACGAGAGACUCAAGAAAAGAGCUUAGGAAACCUCCAAGUGCUUUACAGACUAAUAAAGAAGACCCAGUGCCUAAGGAAUUAUCUAGACAAGAUGAGAAGCAUUACAGAAGUGCCAACACCGUGAAGAAAGAUACAAAUAAUAAAUCAAGGCCACACAGUUCGAGCAGCCUGAAAGGAACUUGUGAACUUAUGGUUUUGUCAUUGCCAGAAAAUCAACUGGCACAUCAGUUUUGUUCCACUCCAGCUGACAAUCAUUUUUUAUAUUUCCAAGAAAUAGACUCGCCCAAAUCACAAAACGAAAACAACAGAACUGGCACUAUUGAUGAAGACACUUGUGCAAAGAAGAUCCAAAGAUUUGAAUCAACUUCUGCCAUGGAAAGAUUGCGUGAAGAUGAUGUUCGACAAAGCAAGAGUGAUCCUUUUUCAUCUGAACUGGACUCUGGGACUGGUACAUUGACAGAAAAUGACAGAGUGCAGAUAUCAGUGUCUGUUAGGGAAGUUGUCAACAAACUGGCUGCACGUUUGGAGCUCCACGUGCCACGGCGCCCCCUGCUGGCGGAAUGCAGAGAUGUGCUACUGCAGGCUCUACAAAAAACCCACAGCUUCCAUUUACAGCAUAACCUGCGCAAGCUACAUUCAUUUAUUGAUGGAAAGCAAACAAGCAGUUUUGGUUCAGGACAGACACAUGAAGACUGCUCACAAAUAUGUUUCAGCCAUGCACUGGGCAAUGAAGAGAGUGAACCCAACGGGAACACAGAUAUAUGGACAGAGAAUGCCAUACAGCAGGAAUAUAUAGCUGAGAAGGUUAAGCAGUACUCGGGCAGAGGUGCUUCAAUGAAGAAGCGAAGAGUACAAGCCGAGAGGAGAUUUUCCCCUCCGGUCUCUUUAAUACAACCUCUACAGUCAAACAAAGAUAUGUUUGACCAGUCGAGGCCAGCUAGGUUGUCUCAGGAUUGCUUCAAAACUCAGCAUUAUCCCAGCACAACGCUCUUUCAGCAGGAUGAGGCUUUUUCCCAACUACCCACUCUCCAACCCUGCACCCCACCUUGGGCGAAUCCUUAUUAUAAACCCUGUUCUCAGCAGCUAUUGGGGGAUUUACCAAGAAGAGGUGAAAGUAUGAAAAAUGAAGGUUUAGAUCUCAUCUCUCACCAGUCGGAAGAAAAAACAGAUCCUAUGUUUAAUUUAAAUCCUGAAUAUGAGAAUAGGAAACAAAAAGCGCAGGAGACAUUUUUGGGAGAAUCCAGUUUUUGGUCCAAUCAGCUGCAAGUUCAGGAUGUUAGAGACCGAUGGGCUCCACUCUCAUUCUCAACAUCCUUUCCCUCGGAAUGCUUUCAAUAUAAGCCAUUUUUUCGCUAUCCACAUCCGUCUAACUCCCGAGACAGGUCAGAUUGGCAUAGUAUGACUCUUUGUGUCAGAUCAAACACACCAGAUAAGGUAUUUUAUCAUCAUUGGGAAUGAUAUGGUU